AUGGAACCACCCCUAGAAGAACAAGCCCAAGAGAGCCUUGAUACCGACAUUACGGAAAGGAAAAUCCAGGGUAUCAAGGACCGUUACAAUUCAGCAGGCUCUGAAGAAAAAUCCAGCCUACUUGAACAGAUCGCUGAAUGCGCCGCAAGAAAGGCUCAGCUUGAAAUACUAGAUUGGGUCUUCAGCGAGGGCUUCCAGGUCCCCCCCGACUCACUGAACAAUGAAUUCUACCACCAGGUUUGCUUCGCGCAGUCCAUACCUGUAUGGAAGAACCUUAUCAAGAACGGCGUCAACAUCAACGGCCAUCACAGCGAAUAUUUUGCUGAUGCGCUGAGCAUAGAAGCCUACGAGGGAAAUAUUGAGAUGAUACGCUUCCUUCUAGAGAAUGGGGUGGACCCGAAUGAUGGGUGGGGGCAUGGAUGGACCCAGAAAGAAAGUUCCGCACAUAUCGCAGCGGCGGAAAUUGGCAAGAUGCAGGCGCUCAAGUUACUGGUCGAGCAUGGGGCGAACCUGGAGGAAGCCCGUGGAUGGUGGUCCAACGUUGGUAUUGUUGAUUCGGACAAGUGGGGGACUGCUUUGUAUCGCGCAGCGUAUAAGCGUCAGAAGGAGGCUGUGGUGUACCUGUUAGACAAGGGCGCUAGCAUUCACUUUGAGGAUGAAAAGGAGCGAUCUAUCAUGUGA